UCCCUCCCUCCCCCACCCCCGACCCCGACCCCGACCCCGGGGGCCGGGCUGGACCGGACCCAGACGCCGCCGCCCGCUUCUGCCAUUCAAUGGAGGACGGUCCGCUGGAGAUCAUGACCAAGGACGGCGGCGACAUGCCGGCACCUCUGGAGGUGUCCACCGUGCCGGCCGUGGGGGACGUGAUCUCCGCGGAGUACAACGGCGGCAUGAAGGAACUGAUGGAGCACCUGAAGGCCCAGCUGCAGGCCCUGUUCGAGGACGUGAGGGCCAUGCGGGGGGCCCUGGACGAGCAGGCCUCGCACAUCCAGGUGCUCUCGGACGACGUGUGCGCCAACCAGCGGGCCAUCGUCUCCAUGUGCCAGAUCAUGACCACGGCGCCCCGCCAGGGCGGCCUGGGCGUGGUCGGCGGCAAGGGGAGCUUCCCGGGCGCCCCGCGAGAGCCGGAGACCCCUUCGCCUGCGAUCGGGGACAGCGGUUUGCUGGGUCGCGAUCCCGAGGACCAGGACGACGAUGAAGAAGACGAGAAGGAGACGCCCGGCUCCGCCACACCCACUAGUCACUGUGAGCGCCCCGAGAGCCCCUGUGCCGGUCUCCUUGGGGGGGACGGGCCACUUGUGGAGCCCCUCGACCCGCCCGACAUUACCCUGCUGCAGCUGGAGGGCGAGGCCUCUCUGUGAGGGGACUCCGAGGGGCGCCACUUUCCCGGGCUGGCUUUGGGUUUCCGAGUGCAUGACGCGAGGGGACUGGACGGCGCGGUGCAGCAUGCUUCCCUCCGACCGCUGCUCUCGUGGGUCGGGCAGAGAGACUGCCUCGAGGAAGGAUGCGUAGGGUGAAGGACCCUGGGAGCUCAAGGAUUCUUUCUGCCUAACCAGGGGAGACCUAGCGAACGGCCGAAAGGUGAGGUUCCGGGAGAGGAAGCGCCCAUCUCCGGACUCCCAUCCAUCCCCUACCCUGCCCAUUCCCCCUCCCCAGCCAACAGGAGAACCCCUGAAUUGUGUAAAUAAAAUUCUGCUUUUUCUAUUCUGAAAAAGGACUUAUCUAGGACUAUGGCAAAUAAUCUCUAACGAUUUACCUAGAAACUAAGGAGUUGGGGGUAUUCUGUUCUGGCAACAGAAAAUUUACCCUUCUGCUGAAAUCCAAGAUAUUCAGCGCUCUGCAGAAGCCUCUCCCCCUCACAGAUCUCUGCGGCUGCUGAUUGGUAAAGGAAGCUUGAGGAGGGAACUGCAGCCCUAGGAAUCUGGGUGAAUGGGGUUCCUCGGGCCCCCGGGCUGGGAGGAGCUGGCUAUGAAUGUGCAUGAAGACCUAAUAGCUCAACCUCUAGGAUUUUUGCAUGCAGAGCGGAUCCUGCCUUGUCACUGACUUCAUCUGGGAUUGCUUUAUCCACUCACUGGGGCUUAGAGAACAAAGAGCCCAGUACACAGGCAGAGACUUGGGGUGCUCAGCAGCAGCCCAGAUUUAGGGGACGUUUGAGGGACUCUUGGGGGCCGCAGCCAAAAACUGUCUCUCUCCUGGCUACACCCGCUUAACUUCAGUUCCUUUUCCUGUCGAUCUGUCCCUGCCCGCUGCCUCUCGGUGUUGCCUCCAUGAUGUCUUGUGUGUGCUAUGUGUGUCGACUUGUGUAGUAGUGUGUGAGCCCUGAGGGGCAGGGCUUGUGGCUCUGGUGUUAGGUUCAGGGGGCUUCAGAUCCUUCUGUGAGCCCCAGGCUAUCAUGGCGCUUUCCCCUGUCCUUUCCUCUUUUCCCCACAACCAGGGCAUGGAGCAUGUGGCUGUCCUGAGGUUCUUAACUGAUGUGCCUCCCUCCCACCUCUUCAAGUAGUGACUUUGUGUGCCCUUUCUCCUCCGCUGUGUAUUCCUUCUCAAUGCUUUCCUUGGUGUUAACCUUAAUAAAGAGGCGUCAUCUCCCCUCC